GGUUCAAGUUCAAUUAGGACGGCCCCCAAAAAAGUCCCAGCACAAAGAGAGCGACGCGUCCAGAGCGGCAGAGGGAAGAAGCUCCGCGGAUGUUCCUCCACCAUGAACUCUGUGGGCAAGUCGUGGCUGCUGCUGACGGGUCUGAUCGUGUUCUACAUCAUCUACCUGCUGUUCGGAGCGCUGGUCUUCUCCAGCAUCGAGCGGCCGGUGGAGGAGCAGCUGCGGCGCGACAUGGACGCGCUCAAGCAGGAGUUCCUGAACCAGAGCUGCGUCAGCGCCGCGUCGCUCGAAAACUUUCUGGUCCGAGUGCUGACGGCCAACAAGUACGGGGUGUCCGUGCUCAGAAACUCCUCCGUCACCUCCAACUGGGACCUGGCGUCCUCCAUGUUCUUCGCCAACACUCUGGUCACCACAGUGGGUUAUGGUCACACCACCCCUCUGUCCGACACCGGUAAAGCGUUCUCCAUCGUCUACGCUUUAAUCGGCGUCCCCUUCACCAUGCUGGUGCUGACGGCCUGCGUCCAGAGGAUCAUGUACCCGCUGGUCAUCGCUCCGGUCUGCCUGCUGCAACGUUCAGGCCUGGAGCCCCGGCCGGCCACCGUCGUCCACUUCGUCCUGCUGCUGGUUCUGGUGGUCCUCUGCUUCUUUCUGAUGCCGGCGGCCGUGUUCAGCGUGGUGGAGGUUUCCUGGAGCUUUCUGGACGGGUUGUACUUCAGCUUCAUCUCCCUGUGCACCAUCGGACUCGGGGAUUUCGUGCCGGGGACGCAGCCGGGGCAGAAGUACCGUCCGCUGUAUCAAGUGGCUGUCAUGGUCUACCUGUUCGUGGGCCUGAUGAUGAUGUACCUGCUGCUGCGAACCUUCCACAAGAUGUCCGACCUGCACGGCCUCACCUCCUUCCUGCAGCUGCCUCGCUGCGAGGAUUCGGAUGUGGACGAGGACCGCGAGCCCAUCGUGGACGAGGACAGCCGGACGGCGAAUCACGUGACAGAGAAAACCGCCAGCAGACAUCUGGAUCCUGCAUCGCAGCCGUCGUACAACACCAUCAACAAGGGCUGAAGAAGAACCACCAAACAGCAGGACUGGUGGGAUCAAUCUGAAAUCUUGUCUUGAUUAUUUUCAUUUCAAACACCCACAGAGGAGGAGGCAGCGUAAUAAUAAUGAGGAAUUGAGAUGAGCUUUCAGAACCCAAACACUUUCCGUAUGAAAGGACAAUGCUAAUGUGACUACUGCUAAAACGCACAGAUGCUCUUGGCGGUGAGUUCACUGCCUCAGGAUCACACACGAAGGGCCAAAAAAAACCAAAACCAACUCUUGAUACAUGUCUGGUUAUUUUCAGAUCACCUUUUUGUCUUGUUUCUGUCUUGUGCUGGGACUAACAAGCCUUAUCUUUCUGUUUAUUGUGCUCAAACUAAACAUUUUACACCUUUAGGUGCCUUCGUAUUUAUGUUUGCCGGUUAAAACACCUCCAGACUAGUUACCAAACCGUCCACGAAGAGUUAGGAUUUGCCUUGACGUACUUUAACUGAAACUGAAGCCUGUUCCUCAAAUUAAUGGUCAAAUGUGGAUUUCUGUCAAGCAUUUCAAACAAGGGGGACAUGUUUUUUAUUUUAUCACAUCUCAGAAGUGAAUAAGUCACCUUCCUUUGUCUGAAACCAUGUUUGAGCUGCAGUGCUCCUCAGUAAGAGUACUGCAGUUCUGCUUUACGGUGCUUCCCCCUAGUGUCCGUCUUCAGGUAGUGCAGCUUCAGGUCACUGCACUCCGAAAACAGCAGCAAAUAGGUUAAAAGGGUUUAAAUUAAGGCGUUCUUUUUUUUGUGGUAAUGAUUCAUUUAAAUGGGAAACCAAACACAGCCUGCUCUGCAUCUGUGUCCUUUACAACAUCUGGAUUUCAGUCCGUCUGAACACUUGAAAUGCACUUUAAUGGUGAAACCGAGGUGAACAUUAAAGCUGUAGUAGAACUAAUAGCAUAAUUAAUAUCUGAUACUGUAAAAAUGUCUGUGUUGGUGUGUGUGUCGUAGUUAAAUAACUUUAACGUGUGUUUACAAUCAAACAAUAAAGAGAAACUAGUAUUA